AGGAAGCAGUGACAUCAUUUUCCAGAAUUCCCCUCCAGUACUGCCUGAAAACGACGAAGAAACAGUGGCUGGAGGAGCGAGGAGAGGACAAACAGGAUUAAAACAAUAGAAAUAUACACGAAAUAUACACUCGCUGCCUGCGAUUCACUAUCGUUUUUAACCCCAAAUCAACAAAAAAGACAUAAAAGUCCCACUGUCUCUUUCCCGGCCCUGUCAAUAGGCUGGAGCAAGUUGCCAAGAAGACUGCAUUACUGCAUCUAACCAAUUCGUUCAGGCUGAAGAUGUCUCUGUAUCCAUCUCUUGAGGACCUUAAGGUCGACAAGGUUAUUAAGGCCCAGGCCCAGUUUGCCCAGACCACCGCCCCAAUGCCGGCCAUCACUGAGGGAAACUACCAGCCUCCACCCAUGGAUGCUGCGAUGCCUGCAUCAUGCUUGUACCCAAAUCUGGAGGAACUGAGCGACUACAUGGGUCUGUGCCUCAACAGUGAUGAAGUCCAGAGAAACAUGGCCCUGGUGCCUGUGGCUGAAAAUCAAGUGGCAGUGCCCUCCACCUUGGGCGUCACCAGCAUGAUACGGCCAGUGACGGGGGCAGACAUUGGUGUCAGGCGGGCAGAGAUCCGCCCUGGGCUGAGGGAGAUCAUUCUCUGUAAGGACCAGGACAAGAAGGUUGGACUCCGUCUGAGGUCAAUUGACAACGGAAUGUUCAUCCAGCUGGUGCAGGCCAACUCCCCCGCAGCCUUGGCUGGGCUGCGUUUUGGUGACCAGGUCCUUCAGAUCAACGGUCAAAACUGUGCUGGCUGGAGUUCUGACAAGGCCCACAAGGCCCUGAAGGCUGCAGCUGAGACUCGCAUUGAGCUCGUGGUCAGGGACAGGCCAUUUCAGCGCACUAUCACUAUGCACAAAGACAGCUCAGGCCACGUGGGCUUCAUCUACAAGUCUGGAAAAAUCACCUCCUUGGUCAAGGACGGCUCUGCUGCUCGUAACGGUCUGUUGACCGAGCAUUACAUCUGUGAGAUCAAUGGACAAAAUGUCAUCGGACUCAAGGAUUCUCAGAUCAAGGACAUUCUGAACACCUCUCCAACCACCAUGACCAUCACCAUCAUGCCCAAGUUCGUCUACGAACACAUGGUCAAGAGAAUGUCCACUGGCCUCCUCCGAACUUCCAUGGAUCACUCUGUCCCCGAGGUGUAAAGAGCAGGAGGAAGACGAUCACUAAAUGUCAGGACGUCUACAAAACACAUCUGUCUCUCUCAUUUAAUCUUUCCAUCGUUGUUCGUCUCAUAUCUAUGUUACUUUUAGCCUUCAUCUUAAUUCUUCUGCUGUGUCACAGUCUCAUCACCAUCUGUGCUCCUGAGCAUUUCUAAUUCUAAAAUGCCUUUUUUUAUUCUGUUUUUUUUUCUUAUCAUUUCUACAUUCCCAUUACUUUUGACAUUUCACAUUCUUAUAUUGUAACAGUUCAGUCUCAUUUAUUAGUUAGUUCUUGUUUUGUAUUUGAGACCAAGGACAGGACAAAAAAUCUUUUUACUUUCAAAGCCUUGCUCACAACCACAAAGUCCAGAGCUUCCUUCUUAGAGUCGCUUUGUUAAAAAUGUCUGUAAAUCCUGGCGGUCGAUCAUCAGAACACUGCAGUGAGUGCUGCAUACCACGGUUGCGCUGUCUGCCUCUGCAUUGUGGCCGGUUUGGGUGCGUAUGCAUUAUGACCGCUGAACUAAUGUAAACAUGUUGGCUGACUUUCUCCUAGAUUUAUAGAGGGCCAGUUUAACUCAUCAUUUAAACCAUACUUUAGGGGGGGGGAAAUGUUGAUUUAGAUCAACACCAUUAUGCUGUAAGGUUAUUUCAACCCUGCAUUUUAGCCUCAGUGAGCUGUGAAGUCACAAGUAUGCUGGAGUCACUGUAGGACAAAACCAGUAACAGCACUGACACUGGUAGUCUGGAUUGUUUUGUUUUGUCUCUUAACAGAAACUCAGACGAUUUAAGGUGCUGUUUUAGCCAAGAGGGCUAAACCCUGGGAUUAUGCAAAUGUUUUUUUAAAAUUAGCUAUUAAUUACAAAACAAACCAGUAGACUGUAACUUUGGGUCACAUUUCACUAAAGCACAGACCUGUGGUAAAUACCCUGAUUGAACAGAACCCAAAAUCCAGUCUUAUAAAUGAUGGCUCUAAAAUGUUGGGUCACAGCCUGAAUUUACUUAAAUAUUCCUUAAAACAUACAAUCCAAAUAUUAAUAGUAAGACUUACAGUAGUGGUGUUUUUUAUUUAUCCCAUGAGGUGGUGUGGUGUCCUUGGAUGUUUUGGUCGAUAGGUACUGGUACACUGAGUGUGAAGGAGAUAAUUGAAUAUUGGAAGGAGAGUAGUAAGAAUAGGCAGCAGCAGUUGAUAUUUGCCAUCUUCUGCAGCUUGGACUGUCCACGCGUCAUCUUAAGAGUCAUAACCAGGAUCACAGGAGACACAGGGAGACUCGGUCCUUCUGUUGCCAGUUUUUGUAUAUGGUGCAGCAUUUCAAGCUUUCUUGGCCAAUCAUGAGUAUUUGUUUAGACGGGGUCUGACUAGUGCAGACCCAUUAAGUGCACUUUUCCACUUCCUUUUUAGAGGCUGACUCUGUUUAUUUCAAUGGAUGGUUUAAGCGGCGGUGUUUGUGGUUCGUCGCGUUAAAGAGAUAUUUCAAAAAUUCAACUCAACUUUUGCGUUAAUGCUCCUAUAUUCCAUGCUGAAAAUCUUCUGCUUACUAGAAAAAAAGAUAAAAGAAAUUCCCUCCGGGACUGGUUUUGAGCUGAGCUCAGGAUUGUGAAUUUCAACAUCAAUAUAUAACCAGUCGCUCCUUUUGAUGCUGUUCAUAUUUCGAAUGCAUGUUCUUCCAUUAAUUUUUUUAGAUAUGUCCUGAUAAACAUCACUGUCGUUCUGUAAAAAAAAAAAGUUUAUAUACGAAUGUAACCAAGAUACUAUUGUAAAACAAAUAAACACCCUUUCUGUUCACUUAGAA